CCCACUUUCUCCCACUCCCCCGGUCCCCCCACUUUCUUCCCUCUCCUCCUCCCUCCCUCCUGCCAUCGCCCCCGCUUUUUAGCCCACCUACCGGCAGCCGCAGUAGCGCCCCCAUAACGAAAAACACCCGCACCUCCAUUCCCCACCUCUCUCGCUCUCUCUCUCUCUCUCUCCUCUGAACCAAAACCCAAAGAGCCUAAACACGGCCACCUCCACCACUCAUACGAGCAGAGUGAGAGGAGAGCCGCAUUGCCAAACCAGGUGAGCCCGUAGUGCUGCACGCGCUCGCUAGCGCUUGUGAGCAGCAGCAGCCUAGCAGCGGAAGGCGAGAUUCCAAAGGGGAAAAGGCCACGGGAGGUCGGGAGCAAAAGGGGAGGCGAGAGCAGAGGGGGCAGUGGGAGAAUCCAGUCCAAUCCGACCCCGGCGCAGCGCAGUACAGCGGUGACUGGUUGAAAAGGGAAGUGUGCGCGGCAAGCGACGACGCACGCCACCGACACCCCGCGCCGAUCGGAGCCGCGGGCCAGAUCGAAGCCCGCCGGAAUCGCAGCGGAUUCCGGCUUCCGCGGCCCCACCCCGGAUCUGCAUUCCGCGCAGGGGUUCCUCACCGCCUCGCGCCCUCGCCUCCCAUUCUCUGCACCCGAUGGAUCGACGCAGCUGGCCUUGGAAGAAGAAAUCAUCUGAUAAAUCAUCAAACACAGAUGUGUCACAGAACUCCAAUCAAGCUGAACAGGAAGAUAAAGCUCCAAAAUUUGUGCAAGUUUCAGCUGAAACAUAUGCACAUCUUACUGAGUCGGAAGAAAAAGUAAAAGUUCUAGAUGAAAAUGUUAAGGUCUUGAAUGGAAAACUCUCUGCAGCACAAUCUGAGAUCACAACUAAAGAUGCCCUAGUGAAACAGCAUGCAAAAGUUGCCGAAGAAGCCGUGUCAGGUUGGGAGAAAGCUGAAGCAGAGGCCUCCGCACUGAAGCUUCAGCUAGAAACUGUUACACUGUCUAAGCUAGCAGCUGAAGAAAGAGCUGCCCAUCUGGAUGGUGCUCUGAAAGAAUGCAUGAAGCAAGUAAGGACUGUUAAGGAAGAAGGUGAGCAGAAGCUACAUGAUGUAGUGUUUGCAAAAACCAAACAGUGGGAGAAAAUAAAGGCGGAAUUGGAAGCAAAAUUACUUGAGUUUGAACAGGAGCUCAUAAGGGCUGGUGCUGAGAAUGAUGCACUCACUAGAUCACUUCAAGAACGGGCAGACUUGAUGAUGAAAAUUGACGAGGAAAAAGCUCAAGCUGAAGCUGAGAUUGAAGUCAUGAAAAACACAAUCCAGUGUGGUGAAAGGGAGAUAAAUUCAUUAAAAUAUGAACUGCAUGUUGUCUCCAAAGAGCUUGAAAUCCGCAAUGAAGAAAAGAACAUGAGCGUGCGCUCAGCUGAUGUAGCAACUAAACAGCAUCAGGAGGAUGUCAAGAAAAUAUCAAAACUGGAAGCUGAAUGCCAAAGAUUACGUGGCCUUGUUCGGAAAAAGUUACCUGGGCCUGCUGCACUAGCUCAAAUGAAAAUGGAGGUCGAGAGCUUGGGCAGAGAGUAUGGAGACAACAGAGUACGACGAUCCCCUGCAAAGAAUUCUAGUUUCCAUCGCCCUAUGUCUCCUAUGUCUCCUGUUCCUGAUUAUGCCAUAGAGAACUUACAGCACAUGCAGAGAGAGAAUGAGUUUCUGACUGCUCGCCUAUUAACAAUGGAAGAAGAAACCAAGAUGCUAAAAGAGGCAUUGACUAAGCGGAGCAGUGAGCUACAAUCGUCAAGAAGCAUGUAUGCUAAGACAGCAGGCAAGCUCCGCAGCUUGGAAGUUCAAAUGUUGACUGGAAACCAACAUAAGAGUCCAUCAACUCCAAACAUGGAUAUUCACUUUGAUGGUACACUGAGCCAAAAUGGAAGCAACCCCCCUAGUAUGACUUCCAUGUCCGAAGAUGGUGUUGAUGAUGAAGGAAGUUGCACGGAAUCUUGGGCUAAUGCUGUGGUAUCUGAGCUCUCUCACUUCAAGAAAGAGAAAGCGGUCAAGAACAGUGUGACAGAAGGCUCCAAUAGGUUGGAACUCAUGGAUGACUUCUUAGAGAUGGAAAGAUUAGCAUGUUUGUCUCCUGAAGCUAAUGGCAAUGCCAGUACUAUUGACAAAAUGAAGAUUGACGAAGCUGGGGCUACCGAAAGAGAUGGUGUUAAAGAUUCGCAGUUUGCUUCACCAAUGUCAGAAGCUCCAUCUAGUAAACAGCAGCUGUCUGAGAAGUCUCCACUCUUGAAAUUACAGUCAAGAUUAUCUUCCUUACUGGAUUCUGAAUCACCAGAGAACAAUGUUGGAAAGGUGCUUGAUAGUAUCAGAAAUAUUCUGAAGGAUAUUGAAGAUGAGGCAGAUUCAAUAAAUGCAAAUGAAACCCAUCAUUCUGACAUGGUUGAAGUUUCUGACAGUCAAUCAUUAGUGAAGCCAGAUGGGAGAUUGAGUUCAGGGAGCAAAUGUGCCGUGGAUAAAGAAUUAAUGAAUGCCAUAUUGAAGGUUCACGACUUUGUCAAGUUACUUGAUCAAGAAGUGUCCAAGUUUCAAGGACAGACAUCUGAUUACGAUAGACUAUGUGAGAAAAUACAGCAGUUCUCUGCAUUAGUUGAGAAAGUUCUGUCAUAUGAUAAUGGCCUAAAUGACAUUGUCAUGGCAUUGUCCUUUAUCUUGUCAGAAACUGGUCAGAUUAAGUUCACAAUGUUGAGAGAUAACAGUAAUGAAGCAGAAAAUAAUAAUUUGGAUUGUGUUGAUAAAGUGACUCUACAUGAAAAUAAGGUGCAGACUAAGCCACUAAAAGAUAACCUUUCUGGUCUCUGCCCACUAUUGCCUCGUUCAUCUUCUGAUUCUGAGUUUGAGGGGCCUGCUGAUGCUGGAUUUGAUGUUAAGACUGCAGUGAAGAUACGCUCACCAGAGGAAUAUGAACAACUUAAAUCUGAGAAGACAAAUUUGGAGGCAGAAUUAGUUAAGUGCAAUGAAAUAAUAGAAGAAACAAAGUUUAGGUUAAGUGAUAUGGAAAAAACCCUGGAAGACCUCACAUCCAAGUUGGCUGACAGUGAGAAAUCAAAUAGCUUGAGUGAGACACAGUUGAAGUGUAUGGCCGAAUCCUACAAGUCACUUGAAUCAAGAAAAGUUGAAUUAGAAAAUGAAAUUGAAGUAUUGCAAUCGAAAAUAGAUACUUUAACAGCUGAACUCACUGAUGAAAGACAAAGUCAUCAGGAGGACUUAGCCAAAUACAAAGAUCUCGAGGAGAAGAUAGAAAGGUACAAGAUCGAGAGGAGUUCAAUGUUUGUGGACGAGGACUCAGAUACCAAGUCAAAGCAGGAGAAAGAGAUAGCGGCUGCAGCAGAGAAGCUGGCAGAGUGCCAGGAGACAAUACUGAUUCUUGGCCGUCAACUGCAAGCUAUGCGUCCUCCAGCAGAGUCAUUAGGCUCUUCACCUAACCGGCAACGUAUGGAGGAUUUUUUGCAGGACGCGGUAGGAACAACUGCAGGGGAGUAUUCCCAGAAGCCAUCAGGUCAACCUGAUACGGAUCAGGAAAUGCUUGGAACAGGAAAUGAAUCUCACGUCAAUGGACACAAGACACACAUAACCCCCUCUGAUGUGGAUGGAAGCCCUUUCCUUUCACCAAACAGUUCCAAACGUCCCAAGCAUAGAUCGAUAUCCUCUACUCCCUCAUUUGCUAACCAGUUGUCCGAGAAACAAAGCCGGGGCAUCAGUCGGUUCUUCACGAAGGGCAAAGAGUGAAAGCUCAUUGGGUUGCAGUGUCAGGUUUGUUGACUCUUCGCAUCGAAUGGGUGGAGUGGAAUGAUUGAGGCCAUGAAUUUCUGUAGAGCUAGUGGGCAGACGGCAGACCUGCUUGUGUAUUCUCUCAGGUGGUGCCUUCGGUUGCUGGAAUAAUACUCAGCUUGCAGUCGAGCGGGUUAUGGCGAGAGUUUGUGUGGGAAUGUUAGCCAUCGGUAUCUUCGGCUAAAGCUUCUUGGGUUGCUGUGUGUUUGAAACCUCACUAAAACCUCACUGUACAUGUGCUUACUUGCAUGGAGAAGAGCAUGGGUAGUUUGUGUUAAAUUCUCUUGUGAAGCUGCCUGUGUAUUGUCCUUGGACUGGCUUGCUGUACAGUUAAUCUGGGUAUUUCAAGGGUAUUGAUGUAUACUUGCUGAUCA